AUGCUUAUCAUCAGCAGCAACAGCAACAGCUCGCGAAUUGAAAUGCCUCCCUUGGACGCUCUGGCUUGUGUAGCCAAUGCUAACUCUAUCGGUUUGGCCGGUCUAACAGGACCAUCAUUCAAUGUUGCCCACCCCAAACGGCAGCCGCAGCCCGAAGCUCAACCUCAACCUAGCCCAGAGCAACUACCUGAGGAAGAGGAUAAUGUAAAACGGGAGCAAAAACGGGAACUCGAUCUCAUUGCCCAAGCUAUUUUGAAUCGUUUGCGUCCAAGGCCACAGGAAAAACCCGAGCACGAACCCGAACCGGAGCCUAAGCAGGAGCCUGUUAGCAAUCCAUGGCAAAGUCGCCCAAAUAGCCAGCCAAAACCGGCGCCAGAACCAGAACCAGAAACACAAGUGGAUUCAGAGCUAGAAGCUGUCCGCAAUCCAUGGCAAAACCGUCCUCAAGGCCAUCUAAAACCUCAACCACAACCAGAACCAGAACCAGAGCAACAAUCCGAACAAGAGCCUGGACGCAAUUUAUGGCAGAGUCGUCCACAUAGGCAGCCGAAACCGGAACCACAACCAGAAGCUGAGUCAGUCGCCGAAGCUGUACGCAAUCCAUGGCAGAAUCGUCCACAGAGACAACCAAAACCUGAAUUGGAGCCUCAGCCAGCGGCGGAGCAAGAGUCCGAAGAAUCCGUACGAGAAUCAUGGCUACAUCAUCUUGCUUUUGUACCACAUCUUCCACAUAGACAACCAAGACCAGAGCAAAAAGAAGAAGACGAACCUUUAGCUGAGUCCGUCAAUGCUGGAGCGAAAGGUGUACAUCAGCCCAUCACACAAGCACCCAAUUUGAAGAACCCAAAAAUUAAUUAG